AUGACGUCGGCCCAGUGGACAACUCCUUCGAGUCGCGCAAGAACAGGCUGCUUGACUUGCAGGAGCCGCAAAAAGAAAUGUGACGAGAGAAAACCGGUGUGCACUGCCUGUGACUCAAAAUCUUUGAGAUGUGAGUGGCAACAACACAUUAAAUGGAAACCGCCUUUGGUGCCUUUGGUCCACCCUCCCGUAUUCAAUUCAUAUUUCGACACAUCUUCUUCAGGGACCUCAAAACCCCAUUUCCAAAAGCAAGAUGGUCGAAUUUUCCAUAUACAUGACCUUCUUAGGUCUUCUCCGGACUAUCAGGUCUUCCAAUCCACAUCCAACAUGCCUUACUGUCACCCAAGUCCCUCCUGUCCACCCCCAAGAAUGGUUCAACCAUCGUUGUUACCUCAGAUGAAGAAUGGAGAUUCAAAUCUUCUAAACCAUUACCUUCAGCGAACAGCAUCCUGUAUGGACAACGGUGCAACUACUUCAAAUCCAUUCUUGGUACAACUCGUACCCAUCGCCAUGUCCAGCGAAUUCAUCAUGCAGCUUAUUCUAGCUCAAAGUUGUGCCCACCGGGCCAUCAAGCAGUCGGAAAUUAUUGGCACAGAUGUAGCCGUGCAAUACAACAAAGCUGUGUGUGCCUUGCGUCUGGCCGUCAACAAAUUUGUUACUCAAACGGGACAUGUAGAUCCCUUGAUCUUGACGGUUGGCAUUUUAGUGAUGUGUUUCACUGAGACUACUCGAGGCGACACAACUGGGGUCAUAUUCAAUCAUAUCACAGCAGCGAACGCUCUUCUGCCCAAUGCUCUAUUUGCAAUGGUCCCGCCGUUACCAGAAGAUCUACGAAAGUUUCUAGUUGGAUACUAUAUCUACACCGCAUGCUGCAGCAUGAUAUCAAUCGAUGCACGUGGCAGUCAGGAAAUUACAUUGGACACCCAAUUAGUUCAAAUGGCAGAAUCUAUGGCCCGCUGUGGAUAUGUUGGCAGCGUCUGUGGAUGCUGGCUUGAUCUGCUAUUAAUGAUCCCGGUUGUUUUUGGUAUAGGCAGGUCUCGGAUUCAGCAACACACGACGGUGACAUUUGACCAGACUGAGUUGCCAUUGAUUGAGCAUCAAAUCGUUCAUUGGAAGCCGAAUCCAGCCGCUGCUCUUGAUGUGGCACUCGCAGGCUAUGUUUUUCAACAAGCCAUGCUUGUAUAUUUAUAUACUGCUGUCGAGGAGUUCCCUGCAGGACCCAAUGGUCUUUAUCGUGAGAACAUUGAUCUUGCAGUCGGGAGAGCCAUCCAAUGUCUCGGUCAGAUUGAUCCUGCCUCACCAGUCAAUACUAGUCUAUGCUGGCCCAUUGCAGUAGUAGGGUCUUGCGCUUUUGAUCCAGGGGAUCAGCACACUCUUCGCGUGAAGCUGGACAAUAUGGCUCAAACCAUUGGGAUUGGAAAUAUGAUCAAGACCCGUGAAUUGUUGCAGUAUGUGUGGUCACGAAGACCGACGGGGCCACUGGGGCUCUCUGAGGCAAUGGGUGACUCGGGGAUAUUUAUAUCUUUCGCCUGA